AGUUUUCGGUUCAGAAGAGAUUGGCUGAAAGAUUUCUCGGCGCCAUGUUCUUUUCCUGUUGCUGUGCCGAUGGCAAGGCCUCUGGCUCCACGGUUGUAGCAAGCCAGCCUGAGGACCAGCCGCCCAUCAUGGCCGAGCUCAAGGCUGAAGUGAAGCAAGCCCUGGGGAAGCCAGAAGACUUGGAAGACAAGAUGGAAGAAGCCAAGGUGGAAGUUGAGGAGAAGGUUGAAGAGGUUCAGGAGAAGGUGGAAAAGGUGGAGGAGAAGGUUGAAGUCAAGGAAACCAAGCCAGAUACCAAAGAAGAGAUGUGGGUGGAGUUCACCGCAAAAGGGACGAAACAGGAAGGAAAACUUGGGUGCAGCGUGGAGACUCUGAUGAAGGACUUUUGCAUCGUCAAGCGGGUUGAGCCAUGGUGUUCGCUCAAAGAUGUGGAAGUCUUCGACCGCAUCGUGAAGGUGAAUGGAAUCGGAGCAAAGGCUGCCAGGCUAACCAAAAUCUUGGUCGAGAACGAAGAUGUGGAGCUUUCCAUUCAGCGUCCCCAGAAGAAGGAGGUAACUUUGGAGAAAGGCAUUGAUUUUGGGAUUUAUGCCGAGAUGGAGACCACCGGAGCUGUCAUCAGCACAGUCUCCGAGGAGGCCUCAGCCCUUGGUCUCAAGCCCAUGGACCGGAUUUCUGCCGUGAAUGGGACCGAAAACAUGACCGUGGCUGAGGUGCUAAGGUCUAUCAAUAACCGUGAAGGGCCUUUGCGCCUGGACAUUGUCUCUUACAGCCCGUAAAGGAGACCAAAGAGUGCUUCGGGUGACUAGAAGGUGACCACCAGUGGUGACUGAAGCGUAGCCCCAAUCACAACCUUCAACUGAUCUGGGCCGCACCCUUUUUCUCGCCGUAAAACCCCGCGUCUGGCGGGAAGGCUAUGGCUAGGAUCACUGCCGGCGAAGCCGCAGAAAACCUUGAAGCUUGAUGACUGGAAAA